CGCAGCACUGUCCACGGAGGAGAGCGAUAUGGUGCUGAUAUUGGCGCGGGCAUUAAGACCCACGCUUUUCAUUAACAAGUGUCUUUUUGAAAACGACAAGAUGUGCAAGAAUAGUGCGAACAAAUUUUACAAAAUAGAGCAGGUGGAAAAGUCAUUGGCAGUCACGGACGAUGUUAUCGUCAGGGGAGAAAGAUCGUCAGUCUUGAAAGUGAUGUACUAUAAAUCGUUCUACAUGGAGAAACAUUACUACGGCCCGAUGCGGAAAUUGGAAUUUCGAUUUCAUCAAAUUGAUAAAGGACUUCACGUAUUGCGCUUCUCAGAAAAAUACCACUUGCAUCUCCUCAUCUCUCUACUGUUUCCUGUUUGGGUGGUAGUUUGGGUAGCUUUAUGCUUUAUGGAAAAUGAUCCCACCGACGAAUGAAUACACCUGGAGUCCAUUUAAUAGUUAUGACAGUGUGUGGCGAUGUAAAUGUGCAUAUGAGAUUUUUAUGGACUUGAAAAGAUGUUUAUAUAUAUA